AUGUCACUUGGGGAUGAGCUUGAUGGAUGGACAUGUCGCAACGGGCGCAUGUCCCGAACACGCCACAAGUCACCCGUCAAGGGUGUGCGACAGAUUGAAUGGGGACAGCAUAUGGAAAUUAUGGACAGGAACCCAAAUGGGAAGGAACUCGAACAUACCAGGGCCAAAGGGGGGAGAGAGCUCUUGCCGAUGUUUCUUGAAUGGACCAGUCGGGAGUUCCAGCGCAGAAUCCGCUCCGGAUCGGUUGGGCUAAGUCAGCUGACUUUCUUCUUCAAUCGAUUGCGAUGA